UCAUCUAUCGCCGAGUUCCAGUCUUUGAUUAUCAUCACCCCACAACGAUAACCAUCACGCCUCGUUACGCGACGGGCGUGUUUUAAUCAUUACCACUGCUACGACGUAUUUCACACCGAAACCAACCCCGAAACACAAUCACACGAACCCACGAUGCCGCCGCAGAUCAAACAAGACCUCAACCGGUCCGGGUGGGAAACGACCGACUUCCCGUCCGUAUGCGAGAACUGCCUCCCCGAGAACCCCUACGUCAAGAUGCUCAAGGAGGACUACGGGGCCGAGUGCAAGCUGUGCACGCGGCCCUUCACCAUCUUCAGCUGGUCGGGGGACGGGCGGGCGCAGGGGCGCAAGCGGCGCACCAACAUCUGCCUGACGUGCGCGCGCCUCAAGAACGCCUGCCAGUGCUGCAUCAUGGACCUGCAGUUCGGCCUGCCCAUCGUCAUCCGCGACAAGGCCCUCGAGCUCAUCGCCCCGGGCCCCCAGAGCGAGAUCAACCGCGAGUACUUUGCCCAGAAUAAUGAGAAGGCCAUCGAGGAGGGGCGCGCCGGUGUGGAGGAGUAUGAGAAGGCGGAUGAGAAGGCGCGGGAGUUGUUGAGGAGGCUGGCGCAGAGCAAGCCGUAUUUCAGGAAGGGGAGGGAGGUGGAUCAGGAGGGGAAUAUGGUUUCUGGGGGGAGCGCGAGGGGAGGGGAUCCGGCUGUGGGUGCGGGACUGGGCGGUCCAGGGCCGAUACGGACGAGGGACUCGAGAGCGGCGGCUAGGGUGGGGGCGAAGGCUGGCCCGCGCAAGGGGCCGCUCGGCGCGAAUGCCCCGCCGCCGGGGCCGCGGGACUGGAUGCCGCCGAACGACCACAACAUCAUGUCGCUGUUCGUCACAGGGAUCGAGGACGACUUGCCCGAGUACAAGAUCCGCGACUUCUUCAAGGUGUUCGGCAAGAUCAAGUCGCUCGUGGUAUCACACAUGACCCAUUGCGCGUUCGUCAACUAUGAGACGCGCGACGGGGCGGAGAAGGCAGCGGCAGAGUGCAAGGGACGGGCGGUAGUUGCGGGCUGCCCUCUGCGUGUGCGGUGGAGCGUGCCCAAGGCGAUCGGGACGAUGGACAAGGAGGAGCGCACUGAGAUGUUGCGCGAUGGGCGGUCGGCUUUCCCACAGACGAACCGAAGAGGUCCCCAACAGAAGGCCAUUGAGGGUGGGCCUGCGCAAGCGGCCGGCUCGACUGCUGCCGAGGGGGACGACUCAGGGCUUGCCGUGGCUGCGCCGCCUGGGGCAGCCGAUGUACAAUAUGCCAGCUUGUCUGGCAACUAGGCUUGGCUCCUGCUUUCGGCUUGCAUGGCGUUGGGGUUGCUGAUUUGGGUUGGAAGGGCAAAAACUCUUUGGUGCAUGACUGUUGGGCA